AUGGAGGUUGAGAGCGAACAUGACGGCGACGGCAACCCUAGUGGCAAGCCGCCGGAGCCCACACGACGGCCAACGUUUAAGGAAAAAGUUCUCGGGAAAGCUACAAUAAAGAAGAGAAAGAAAGUAUGCAAUCUGGUGGAUGUCGGCAUCAUGAAGAAAGACCUGAUUGAUGGGAGCAGUUUCUUCCCGAUGUUUGACUUUAAGGACGAUCGUUCUUAUGAGGAAAUCUACAAGCCUUGGGAGGAUUGUUUGGUUGUGAAACUUCUAGGAAGGCACAUAGGCUACAAGGCACUGUGUGAUCGUCUAAAGCUGUUACGGAAACCAUCAGGAUGUAUCGAGGUCCGAGAUAUUCUCCAUGGUUACUUUCUGAUGCAAUUUGACUUGAAGGAGGAUCGUGAACGUGCGAUGGUGGGUGUCCCCUGGAUGAUCUAUGAUCAUUACCUUGCUGUCAAGCCAUGGACGCCAGAUUUUGUGGCUGCGAAUUCAGAGAUCAGUACUACUGCUGUAUGGAUACGCAUCCCGGGCCUAGGUUUUCAGUUCUAUGAUGAGAGUAUUCUAUUGACCCUAGCGUCUGCGGUUGGAACCCUUAUUCGAGUUGACAUGAACACAGUCGAUAUGCAGCGCGGGAAGUAUGCUCGGGUCUGUGUAGAGAUCGAUUUGAAUAGCCCCGUCUUGGGGAGGGUAGGGUUACAUGGAGUAUGGUACAACAUUGAAUACGAGGGACUACACUUGUUAUGCGCCAAGUGUGGUUGCUAUGGUCACCUUGCCCGACAGUGCACCAGAGAAAGGGUUCCCCAACCUAGCACGCAGCCGGAGACAACCGUGAAAGAGCCUAAUGAGCCCCCAACGGCGGCAGUCGACACUCAGCAGGAGGUUAGCCCUACUGAAACCCUAGAAACGAGCCAAACAAUGAUGGAAGACGCGACUGCCGGCGCGAAACGCGCACCCAUUAAUUGCCCCGAUUCUGCACAUGGGGAAUGGCAAUCAGUUACGCGUAAAGCAUGGAAAAAUUCAAGUUCUAACCAAAAGAAGCAGGUUGCGGGAAAUCAGCACGUAACGCAUGCAAAUAGCGGAUUCCAAGCGGGGAAGAAAGGAAAGGAGCAACAAAAUACUCAAUUUGCCAUUCAAAAUAUCUCAAGUGGGGCCACUCAGAAGCCUGGCAGCCAGGGAACACCAAACACCAGGAUGAUUGGUAACAAAAAGAUCUUUGUGUUUGGCGAUGGGACAAUGUCAACUCUCAAUCUGCAACAUAAAGAAGUCGCCUCCUUUUGGAGGAGUGUGGGUUAUGAAUUGUGUGGUUGCUCUGAAGCAACUGGGCAUCGUGGUGGCAUCUGGGUUCUUGCUUCCAUAGAAAGAUCCUUUGCUGUCCAGAUUGUGGAUAUUCACUCACAAGUGGUGUCUGUCUCUAUUAUUGUUAAUAAUAGAGCUUGGGUCUGUUCGGCCGUGUAUGCAAGCCCUAACCCCUUGAGGGAGGAACUAUGGGCACAUUUAACCACUCUUCGACAACAAGUUCUUCAAUCGUGGCUUGCUGCAGGAGACUUCAAUGAGAUUAUAUCUCCGGCAGAGGUUACUGGUGGGGAAUUCUGUCAGAUGAGGGCCAAUCGUAUGCUGGCUAUGUUAGAGGCCUGCGAGUUUAUUGAUUUAGGAGCGACUGGAAAUCAAUUCACAUGGGAGAGGAGACAUAAUGGACGACGUAUUGUUGCAAAACACUUGGACAGGGCCAUUGGCGAUGUUUCAUGGCGCCAUACAUUUCCUGAGGCCUAUGUUGAGCACUUAGAACGGGUAUAUUCUGAUCACUGUCCCAUUCUAAUUCGUUGUAAUGCUCCAAUUGGGGAUCGUUCACACCGGCCGUUCCGGUUCCUAGCGGCUUGGUCCACACAUCCGUCUUAUGAGCCCUUGAUACGUGAUACUUGGAGGAAGCCACCUCCUACUUUAAUGGGGAAAUUGGAGAACAUUCGGGUUGCUUCUCUAAAUUUCAAUACCAACGUUUUUGGCAACAUUAUUAGGAGGAAGAAGCUUGUAGAGCGCCGCUUGCAAGGCCUGCAACGUGAGCUGGAGGCCCAAGAGACGGAAUCCUUCCUCCGGUUAGAGAAAGAAUUACAGGAUGAGUAUGAACAGAUCCUCAUUCAAGAAGAGUUAACAUGGUAUCAGAAAUCCCGAGAGCGGUGGGUGAAGCUUGGUGAUCGUAAUACUAAAUUCUUCCACCUUCAAACUGUGAUACGUCGGAAGAGAAAUAAGAUCCAUGGAAUAUUUGUUGGUGAUACUUGGUAUGUAGAAAUCACGUGA